AUGGACCCUCGACAUUGGAAUUGUUCUCAAGUAAUUCAAUGGUUAUCUUCUUUUAAUAAAAAUCAGCAUGCUCUUGAUGUUUUUACUAUAAUAUCUAAUACAGGUCAUGUUGGAUAUAUUAUUGAAGUCUACUAUGAUAUUAAUGAAAAUGGUUAUGAAUUUGUUGUAAGUGCGUAAGAUUGUGCAACUUGUUUGUUCUUAGUUGGUAUCUGAUUUAGUAGUUCAUCUGAUGAUGGUUUUCAAAUAAAGUGGAAAAUUCAUGAAUUUCUACAAUAAGUCUUUUUUCUUUAUUUUCAAUAACAAAAAAUACGUUAUACCGUUACACUCUCAACUCUUACAACAUCUGCU